AAAUUUUGAGAAGGCCCAUUCAACAUGCGCAUGCACGAGGUUUGAAAUCGCGUUUUUAAUCGGUUGCCUUACUGCGGCAUUUAACAGCUAACAUGGCCGCCGACAGCUAGUCAUUGCGACUAGUGAUUUUCUGAAAAUUCAGAUUUCGUGAAAUGUUAUGGGAAAAUGAGUUAAGUGCGUGGAGAUCGCUGUUUAGACAGAAAAUGGCGCUAAGUGCAGGUUAAAGGGUGUACUUUAGGGGCGGCAAUAUGAAAGUUUCGGCCACAUUUUAUCAUUAUAGUCCGGCAACAAGCAUUAUCAACUCAAUUAUUAAUAAAAAAUUUAUAUAUCAUAGAAUAUGCGUAUUAAAAAAAAUUAAAACUUCACUUCUGAUUAUCAGAUUAGUGGCUAUAAAUUACGUUUUCCUGCUAAUUAUAUGAAACAAAAAUGGAAUGACUUCUUGUAAAUUUGUAGAGUGCCCGAUAAGCAUGGCGGAAGUUGGGACAUGCCCACGUAGGCGUGGUCAGAUACCGCUAAUAAUAAUGUUGAAGGGUCUGAAAUAUCUAACAUUUUUGUUAUAUACCUCAUAUAGUAUAUAACGCGUUUGGCUCACGCUGUCGGCAAAGCUACAUUACCCCGAUAUAUUUUAUUUAUAAAUUUAUCUAAAACAAAUACUAAUUAAAACUCAUUUCAGCGUAGCACGUAAAAAUAAUACGUAUAAUUGGUUGCAUGCUUCGAGUUGCCCUUGCUUCGAGCACAGUGUAUGUGGUUAGAACGGCAUCAAUCGCUCACGAAGUUCAACGCGAUUCUGCGAAGCGAGCUAUGAACGCGAGAUUUUGCGUGAUGAAUAAUGUCAAAUUUCAGCUUCGCAAACUGCGAAAUAAGGCGAUAUUUAUCAGUUCUAAAUAAGUCAUUUGUGUCGUAACAAAAUGAUAAUAUAUUCCGUAAUAAAAUAAUACAAACCGAGAAACUUAACGAUAUAAAUAAUGUUGAAGAAAAAUAUCGACAUUUUGGGUUUCCCGGCACUCUUAUCCACGGUGGCGUGGCAAGAUACGCGGAUAUCGAUUAAAAUAAGACAGAGAUUUUUGUCGCGACAUCCGCGCGACAGAACGAACCGUGCAACAUCAAGUCGCCGCGGCCGCGACGACCGACACAAAACAAAAGAUCCCGGCGCGACUGACGAUAACAUGGCGACGGACGAAAACGACGAUCAACGGUUCUGUCUCAGAUGGAACAAUUUUCAAUCGAACAUUUGGUCGCAGUUCGACGUCUUGAGAUGCGACGAGGAUUUCACCGACGUGACGAUCGCUUGCGAGGGACGACGGGUGCGGGCGCAUAAAAUAAUAUUGUCCGCUUGUAGUCCGUAUUUUAAGGAGCUUUUCAAGGACAAUCCCUGCAGCCACCCGAUCAUAUUCAUGAGAGACGUCGGGGUGGAGCAUAUCGCCGCCCUAAUGGAAUUCAUGUACGCGGGAGAGGUGAACAUUUCGCAGGAGAAUUUGUCGGCAUUCCUCAAGAUCGCGGAUUCGUUGAAAAUCCGCGGUCUGUCCGACGUCCCAUUCGAUCGGAAAACCGGCAACGUCGCGCCCGAAGUCGACCCGCCAAUGGAGACGAGCGGCCACCAUAACGUGUCAGAUACGAAGGUAGGACCCGGUCGUCUUGAAGAUGUAACGACUCCUCCAGAACGCGAAGCGACGGUUAAAUUCGAACCCGUCGAUUUCAGAAACGACGGCAACACCGCCGGCGAUUGUACGGUGUUCUCGGAAUGUAAUCAAGAAUUUGACUGCAACGAACUUGGGAUAGAACAAGGAGAAUUAGGAUACGUGAAGAAAAGGUAUAUUAGGGACACGUUUCCUUCCGGUAGAGAUUCCCGCAAAUUGCACUCGUUGGACCCGAGGCCUUGCGACGAGUGCGGAAAAGUCUACAGCAACCUUUCGAACCUUAGACAGCACAUGAAGCUGAUCCAUCACCCGACGUACGUCACCUGCAGCGACUGUCACAGGCAGUUCAAAACCGACCUGUACCUGCGUAGGCACGUGCUGAGCGCUCACGGCUACGUCAGUCAGGACGUCGCCACGUACAGCGACUUGAACGGCGCGAGCCAAACUAGGAAUUGCGGCUACAAAGGCCUGCGCGGUGCGGCAACGUUGCACAAUUUCAACGGUCGAGACGGGAAUUACUUGAAAAUGUCUUACUAAAGUUUAUUUUAUGGAGCGUUUUCGUCGCCCUCCGCCCUCCGUUGCCGUGACGGUUAGUCGCAAGUGUGUCACGGAAUUUGUUGUUAAUUUAAAAUAUGCAUUUAAUAUAUAAUU